GCGUGCGCACAAACCCGGCGGAAGCAGCUCGUGCAGGAUGAUGUGGACGAGUCCGGAGCUCGCGGCGCGCGGAUACAGGCUUUAGAACAAACCGAGAAACAGAGGAAUAAACCGGAGUAAACGGGAUUAAAGAGGAGUAAACGGGUGAGCGGCGGGUCGGCGCGGGUUCAGCGGGAGAUGCGGCGGUGAGCGGAGCGCCGCUGGGUCAGGAGACGCCGGGAGAGAGAGCGCGGGGAGCGGACCGGAGACCCGGAAGCUCCGGCGGCAUGGCCGAGGCGGGUCUGGCGCUCAGGCCGGGGGUCGCUGCUCGGGUCUCGCCCGCGGAGGAGCAGGACAUCGCGCUGCUGGAGCCGGAGCCCUGCGGGGACGAGCCGGAGCUCUGCGGCGAGGAGGCACUGCUGCUGCUGCCCGAGCAGGAGGCGCCCUCGCCCCGCAGAGACCGGAGGGCCAGGCGGGGCGGCCGGAGCUCCUCAUCCGACAGAGAGACCCUCGCCUCGCCAGGUAACAGCAGUGGUGAUUUUAACCAUUUCCCGGAGGACCCCAUGUUUGCAGAGAUAGUGCAGCGGGCGGAGCAGGCCAUUGAGAGCGGAGUGUGUCCAGAGAGGAUCUCGCAGGGCUCCAGCGGGAGCUACUUUGUUAAAGACCCCAAAGGGAAAACCAUCGGUGUGUUCAAACCAAAAUCAGAGGAGCCGUACGGCCAUCUCAACCCAAAAUGGACCAAAUACUUCCACAAGGUGUGCUGCCCCUGCUGCUUCGGGCGGGGCUGCCUCGUGCCCAACCAGGGCUACCUCUCGGAGGCGGCCGCCUCGCUCGUCGACCAAAAACUGGGCCUGGAGGUCGUUCCCAAAACCAAGGUUGUGUCUCUGGCCAGCGAGACUUUCCACUACAACGCCAUCGACCGGGCCAAGUCUCGAGGAAAGAAAUACGCCCUGGAAAAAGUUCCCAAAGUGGGCCGUCGAUUCCACCGGGUCGGCCUGCCCCCCAAGGUUGGCUCAUUUCAGCUGUUUGUCGAGGGCUACCACGAGGCGGAUUAUUGGCUGAGGAAAUUUGAGGCGGAGCCUCUUCCAGAGAACAUGAGGAAGCAGCUCCAGUCUCAGUUUGAGAGACUUGUGGUUCUUGACUAUGUGAUCAGAAAUACAGACAGAGGGAAUGAUAACUGGCUGAUUAAAUACGAGAAGGCAGGAGAUGAAGAACAAUCUGAAAAGGGAAGUGAAUGGAGUGAACCCAAAGACUGUGCGAUUCAGAUCGCAGCGAUCGAUAACGGCCUGGCCUUCCCCUUUAAACACCCAGACGAGUGGAGAGCAUACCCAUUCCACUGGGCGUGGCUUCCGCAGGCUAAAGUGCCGUUCUCCCAGGAGACCCGAGACCUGGUUCUAUCCCGAAUCUCCGACAUGAACUUUGUACAGGACCUCUGUGAGGACCUCUAUGAGCUCUUUAAGACGGAUAAAGGCUUUGAUAAAACCAUGUUCGAGAAGCAGAUGUCCGUUAUGAGGGGGCAGAUCCUGAACCUGACUCAGGCUCUGAAGGACGGGAAGAGCCCCAUUCAGCUGGUCCAGAUGCCGAGGGUGGUGGUGGAGCGCAGCCGGGGAGGCGGCCAGGGACGGGUGGUGCAGCUCGGCAACGCCUUCACCCAAACCUUCCACUGCAAACGACCCUUCUUCACCUCCUGGUGAUCGAGGAACCCGGGAAUCGAGGAACUGAGGUACUUAAGGUGGACGAGGUGGAGGUCCGAGGAGAAAUGGUGAAAACCUCUCGCCUUUUUUUCUUUGUUUUAUUUUUUUUUCUUCUAUUUCUGAGCCUUUUUUCUGGAGUUCUCGGAGCUUCGGCUCGUGUUGGAUUAAUGGACGGAUGCUGGAUAAAGGGAAUCUCGGGUAGAGAAGUGUAAGACGUCCGACAGCCGCCUCGCUCAACUGCCAAUUUUUCUAUAGAUAUAAUCUGAAGUAAGGAAGGAGGAAGAAUCCGUUUAAACUUGAACUUCUGCUUGAAUGUAAUCCGCAAGUUUACAUUUCACUCCUCCAUCAGCGGCGACCGGAGGGGAGGGGGUGACCAGUGGUGUUUUAAUUCAAAUGAAUGUAUUUAAAGAUGAUGUAAUGUGUCAGAAUGCUGUUAGGGGUGUACACACUGAAGAAGGGGGCGGGGUUUGAACUGGUAUGGUAUGAUAAUCAUUUCACCUGAAGAGUGUGCGCAUUUGUGGGUGUGUGAGCGUGUGAAUGCAAGUGUGUGGGUGAGUACAAGCAUAGGUAUGUGUGAGUGCGUGUGUGAGCGUGCAUGCUUGUGAAUGAGUGCUUGUAACUGCGUGGGUGUGUGUGAGCGUGCAUGCUUGUGAAUGAGUGUAACUGCGUGGGUGUGUGUGAGCGUGCAUGCUUGUGAAUGAGUGUUUGUAACUGCGUGGGUGUGUGUGAGCGUGCAUGCUUGUAACUGCGUGGGUGUGUGUGAGCGUGCAUGCUUGUGAAUGAGUGUUUGUAACUGCGUGGGUGUGUGUGAGCGUGCAUGCUUGUGAAUGAGUGUAACUGCGUGGGUGUGUGUGAGCGUGCAUGCUUGUGAAUGAGUGUUUGUAACUGCGUGGGUGUGUGUGAGCGUGCAUGCUUGUGAAUGAGUGUAACUGCGUGGGUGUGUGUGAGCGUGCAUGCUUGUGAAUGAGUGUUUGUAACUGUGUGGGUGUGUGUGAGCGUGCAUGCUUGUGAAUGAGUGUUUGCGUAAAUGAGUGUGUAACUGCGUGUGUGAGCGUGCAUGCUUGUGAAUGAGUGUUUGCGUGUGUGAGCGUGCAUGCUUGUGAAUGAGUGUAACUGCGUGGGCGUGUGUGAGCGUGCAUGCUUGUGAAUGAGUGUGUAACUGCGUGUGUGAGCGUGCAUGUGAAUGAGUGUUUGCGUAAAUGAGUGUGUAACUGCGUGUGUGAGCGUGCAUGUCUCUCUGCAUGGGUAUGUAUGCAAGCGUGAGUGUGAACAAUUUUGAGCAUACAUGCGUGUGUGACUGUGUAGGUAUGUGUGUGAGCGAGCAAGUGUGCAAGUGCGUGUGCGCUUUGUGGAUCUCUUUCCUGCUGAGCGAUUGUUAAAAUUGAACUGUUAAACGACAAAUCAAUAAAACUUGCAUAUAAAGAAAUUAA